CUGUGACCAAGUAAAGGGUCAAAUUUAUAAAAAAAGAUAUAUCAAAUGAUUUGUAGGACAUCAUGCAUUUAUAAAACAAAAAUUUAUAUUGAUUUGUUCAUUUUUAGAAAAGUUAUGGCAGUUUUAAGUAAAAAAAUUGAAAAAAUUUUGAUAACUAGCGAUUUUUAAAUAAGUAAAUUAUUUUGGAGAUUUGGAGAUUUACGGGGAAUGAGGAAAAUUUUUUCAAUUUUUGAGGAAUGCCCUAUUUGUUUAAAUGAAUUUAAGGGCCUUGUUUUAAUAACAGGGUGCAAUCACGUAUAUUGUUAUAAUUGUCUUAAAAGAUGGAGAGUAAAAAAUUUAAGCUGCCCUUUAUGUCGAAAGAUAUGUUAUAAAACUAUUUAUCAAUGCACAUCACCGAUUAGCGAGUCAGAUAUUAAUGAUGUAUUGUUAAGCCCGACAAUUAAACCUGGUUUAACAAGAAAAGAUGAGUUUAUAUAUGUAAAAGAAAUGGUACGCAAGCAUUCACGUUUUCGCCUCAUAUAUAAAGAAAUAGUAGCACGUUACUUUUAUCUUAUACCAAGUCACUACGCUGACAAUCAGUUGUUAAUUGAUAUUGAAUCUGUGUUGAGUAAUAGUAGUAAUAAAGUCUCAAAUUUUUAUUAUUGGUUAAUAAAUGCCAAAACGUAUAAGGAAGAAGAUGAAAUAAGACGACGUCAAUUAAUAAUAAACUUAACUGAAAAAGAAAAAACAAUUUUAAGAGAAUAUUAUCUUCGACAUAAUCUCGAUCCCGAUGAAGAAUUUGAUAUAAGAAAAGAAUUCGUUAAGUCACAAGAUUUUGUUUAUGCACCUCGUAGUCGCCACCAAUAGACAACUCAAUCUUUUGAAACUUAUAUAAUUAUGUAUCUCUACAAUAUUCCAAUUUGCAAUGCUAGUUAUUUUUUUCUUUAUUAUAUUUGUAUUCUAAUUUUUUUAAAUAAAACAUUUUUCAUUGAAUCAUUUAAUAUUUUUAAAAAUAUGAA